UUUUUCUCUGUUCAUAGAUAGGAUCAUAGGAAUAGAGACAUACAAAGUUGAAAUAUAUAUGUAUUUUUCAGAUUUAUUUUAUUUAAAUUUUUAACUUUUUUCCCCCUUUCUUCAUUGAAAGCUGCAAGUAAAUUGUAAGCUCUUGCGAAGGCGGGGCCAAACAAGGAGAAAGAAAAAGAAGAAGUUGUCGUAUCUGCAAAAUCAUAUAUGCUGGGUGGUGGUGGUGACACAACUGCUAGUGUUCUUGGAAGCGGCGGCGGUGGCACUGAUGGGAACGUUACUACUACUGCUGGUGGUGGUGGUGCCGUUACCAUGGGUAGAAGCGGCGGAGCUCGUGAUGGAGGAAGCAGUGAAGGCGGUGGUGUAGCAGCCAACAACAUGUUUGGUUCCAACGGGAAUAAUAAUAACAAUUCGGGUGAUGAGGAUAGAGUUAGGGUUGAUGAAGGUGACCGUUGUUUCGGGGGCAACCGAUGGCCGAGGCAAGAGACUUUGGCACUCUUGAAGAUAAGGUCCGAUAUGGAUGUUACUUUCCGUGACGCUAGCGUGAAAGGUCCAUUGUGGGAAGAGGUUUCCAGGAAACUAGCAGAGCUUGGGUAUCAUCGAAGUGCUAAGAAAUGCAAGGAGAAAUUCGAGAACGUUUUCAAGUAUCACAAGAGAACCAAAGAUGUCCGAACGGGUAAAUCAGAUGGCAAGACUUAUCGUUUCUCCAAUCAACUACUAGCCCUCGAAACUCAUCCUUCCUUUCAGUCCCCCCCAGCAACCGCAGCCGUGGCGGCGCCCACAUCACCGCCGCAAGCUCAGCCUCAGGCGACAAUGCCAGCUCCGAGUCUCCCUAAUGUUACUGUUCCAUCAGCAGCAGCCCUCCCCAGUUUGCCUCAAAACAUUGUACCAACAAAUAUAAACCCUACACCCACACUCCCUUCUUUUCCUAAUGUUUCGGCAGAUCAAAUGUCGAAUUCGACAUCCUCAUCGACCUCAUCGGAUUUGGAACUGGAAGGUCGGAGGAAGAAGAAACGGAAAUGGAAGGGUUUCUUCGAGAGGCUGAUGAGGGAGGUGGUUCAUGAGCAGGAGGAGAUGCAGAAGAAAUUCUUGGAAGCAUUGGAGAAACGUGAGCAAGAAAGAAUGGCCCGUGAAGAAGCUUGGAGGAUGCAAGAAAUGGCAAGAAUAAAUAGAGAGCGUGAAUUAUUAGCCAAAGAAAGAUCAGUAGCAGCUGCCAAGGAUGCUGCACUAAUGUCGUUGCUGCAAAAAUUAUCUGAACAGAAAAAUCCAGGACAGCCGCAAAGUAAUCCACUGCAGCAACCACAACCGCCUGUGUCAGUAGUGGCGGCAGCAGCGACGCCAGCAGCAGCAUUGUCGGUGCCUGCUCCGCAGCCGCCUCCACCACUAGUACCGCAGCAACCAAUGCUGAAUUUAGAGGUGGCGUCAAAGUCGGAUAAUGGCGACCAUAGUUGCACACCAAGCUCUUCAAGAUGGCCUAAAGUUGAGGUUCAAGCAUUGAUUGAGCUGAGGACUAGGCUUGACGCUAAAUACCAUGAUAAUGGUCCUAAAGGACCAUUGUGGGAGGAGAUAUCAGCUGCAAUGAAAAAGCUUGGUUACAAUCGCAAUGCUAAAAGAUGCAAAGAGAAAUGGGAGAACAUAAACAAGUACUUCAAGAAGGUAAAAGAUAACCACAAGAAAAGGCCCGAGGAUUCCAAAACAUGUCCCUACUUUCACCAACUUGAUGCUUUAUAUAGAGAAAAGAACAAACAUGACAGCUCCUCCACUCAAUUCAAACCCCAGAACUCAGUCCCAUUAAUGGUACGCCCAGAGCAGCAAUGGCCCCCUCUUCCUCCUUCCGAUCCCGACCAUCAACACCGCCGCGACCCCGAAGACUUAGAAAGCUAUCAAAAUCAUCAGGACGAAGACGGCAAUGACGAGUAUGAAGAUGAAGAUGAAGAUGAAAGGGGUGAGUAUGAAAUUGUAGCCAGCAAACCAGUGUCAAUGGGCACAUGUGAGUGAUGGGUGCAUGACGGGUUGGAGUGGAAGCAUUUGAAUUGAAUUUUUAAAGGUGAGUACACAAUAUUAGUGGGGGUGUAGCAUAUGGUCAGUGGAAUUUUAUAUGUUCAUUUUCAUUAUAUUUAUUUUUUGGGGGCUAGAUAAAAUAAGUUUAAGAGGAGGUGUAGAUGAGAAGAGAGAGAGAGAGGUUCAAAAUUUCAUUCCGCAUAAUAAGAACAAGUAAUAAACAGGGAAAACGAAAGAGACCUGAGCUGUAUUUUUUGUUUUUGUGCCCAUAGUGGUUGUAAAUGUUAGAAAUGGUAAUUAUUUCUAGCAUGUUUGUUA